AUGCAUGCAGCACUAGAGUCCAAGGUGUUAGUAGUCAGCGCUCAAGUGUGUGGCAACGGCAUCUGUGAGCUGGAGGAGAGCUGUCUGACGUGUCCCGCCGACUGUGGGGUUUGUCCCAUGUCCACAUCCAUCAAAGUGGCCAUUGGGCUUUCUGUGGCCUUGUUCUGCAGUGGUUUCUUCUUGACGCUGGUGUGGCUGCAAUACCAGAAACAGAAAAUGUUUUGGGAUGAGAGCUGGAUCGUCAACUACAAUAAUAUCAUGUUUGGUUUUGGUAGCACCACAAGUCUUCAGACUGUAAAGAGGAACUCCAGUGUGAGUAGAGUCACAGAUGUGACGGUCUGCACUGCAGUCAACACCAGCUUCAGACCACGCUUCAUUCAGGCCGGCAUCUAUGAUGGAAAGACUGUAGCUGUAAAACACAUACAGAAGAAACACUUUACCCUCACCAAAACAAUCAGAAAAGAGGUCAAAGAGGUCAGGGAGCUUGAUCAUCCAAACCUUUCCAAGUUCUUAGGAGGCUGCAUUGAAGUUCCUUCCAUAAGCAUUAUCACUGAAUACUGUCCAAAGGGAAGCCUGGCAGACGUUCUGUUGAACGAGGAUGUCCCCAUCAAUUGGGGUUUUCGAUUGUCGUUUGCUACUGAUAUUGCUCGAGGAAUGGCUUACCUGCAUCAGCACAAAAUGUUCCAUGGCCGUCUUCAUUCACGCAACUGUGUGAUUGACGACCGGUGGGUCUGCAAAAUAUCAGUUUGCAAUGUCUGUCGCAUUUAUUGCGCACCAGAAGUUCUGCUGAGAAUCAGCACCAGUUUCACAGCCGCAGCUGAUGUGUACAGCUACUCGAUUAUCUUGGUGGAAAUCGCGACUCGCAGUGACCUUAUUUCACAGGAACAGGCAGAUUCAGUGGUGCUUGAUGUCAUGUGGCACCGAUCACUUCCCAAACUGAAGGCUGGGAAAUCAGACAAUGAUUGCCCAGAUCCUGUUGAUUACUGUGAGCUGAUAAAGAGAUGCUGGAACCACAAUGUGACCAUGAGGCCGACGUUUGAGCAGGUGAAAAAGAUUCUUGAUAAAAUGAACCCACACAAGGUCAGCCCUGUGGAUAUGAUGAUCAACCUGAUGGAAAAGUACAGUAAACAUUUGGAAUCUAUUGUAGCCGAGAGAACACAGGAUCUUCUUCAGGAGAAGCAGAAGACUGACCGUUUACUCUAUAGCAUGUUACCAAAAGCAGUGGCUGAUGAUCUUCGUCAGGGACGUACAGCAGAAGCCCAAAGUUACUCCAAUGCCACUGUAUAUUUUAGUGACAUAGUGGGCUUCACCCAGCUGUCCGGCUCCAGCACCCCUCACCAGGUUGUGGAUUUCCUCAACAAGCUUUACACCACAUUUGAUGACAUCAUCGACAACUAUGAUGUGUACAAAGUGGAAACUAUAGGAGAUGCUUAUAUGAUGGUCUCGGGAGUACCGAAAGAGAACGGGAUCCAUCACGCUGGGGAAAUCGCCAGCAUGGCGCUGGACUUGAUCAGUGUUUGUCACGCGUUUAAAAUCCCACACAAACCCACCACACAGCUUAAGAUACGAGCUGGCAUUCAUUCAGGUCCCGUUGUAGCUGGGGUGGUUGGCACCAAAAUGCCCCGGUACUGCUUAUUUGGCGACACUGUAAACACUGCGUCCCGUAUGGAGUCCACCAGUGAAGCUUUAAAGAUCCAGUGCAGUGGCUGUACAGCAGAUCUUCUACACACACUUGGUGGAUAUGUGUUGAUGUGUCGUGGGUCUCUCAAUGUGAAGGGGAAAGGCGAAAUGACAACUUGGUGGCUGGAGGCAAAAAGAAGCCCCUCAGACCCUUUGUUCAGUGAAGACGAACCUUUGGGUCUUCCUGUUCCUGUUAGCAGUUAACUGAUGUGCUACGGUCAUGACAGAAACCUUAACAAAUAAAUAGAAAUGUUUACCAGAUAUACUAACUGACUAAAAUGUAUACUUACUGUUGGUGUAUAAGCAUGUGCUAUUACAUUUUAUUGCUGCUAUGCUGAAAUAUUGCUGCUGUUAUUGUUUCGUGUAUUAGACAAGGUGUUGUAUAUGUUGUGUUUGGAAGAUUUAAAAUGUCUUUGUCAUACGAAAGGCAGACGUGCUCGUAGAGGCAACUUUUCAUUAAGUAUUUGUGGUUAUUUUAUCUUCAUUAGUCCAAAGGUUGUAUUUUAAAGUAGAUAUGCUGGAAUAAAAUAUUCAAGCUGAUUUGUCUAAUGCAAGUGUUCUUAAAAAUAUUGAGUUUUUGCAGUGAUAAACUAUAUU